AUGGACAUCUCUUGGGCUCUGCCGCUUUUCCUGCUUCUGGCCUCCAGAGAAGGGGUCCUCGCCCUUAGAGCCUCUUCUGGAGCUCAGCGAACCAAUUUCUCCUCUGCCUCAGAGAGCUCUUCCCAGGGCCUGGGUUCCAAAGUUCCCUCCACCAAAGUCACCAGCUGGAAACUUCCAGAUCCGUCUCUGGGUUCAAAAGCCUCUGCUGACACCCCGGAUUCCAAAUGGUUUACUAAGGCCCCGAGUUCAAACAAUAUGUCUGAGUCCCUCUGGGCAAAUGUUUCUGCUGAGGGUCCACGUUCAAAAUUCCCUGCCAAGACCCUGGAUCCCACCUUUCCUGAAAUCCCUGAGUCCGAAGUUGGGUCCGAAGCUCCUGCCAAAGGUCCCAAGCCUCCCUUCCCUGUUAAGACCCCAGUUUCCAACAUUUCUACUCAAGUCCCAGGUAUCAAAGUCGGUUCAAAAUUCUCCCCUGAGGAUCUUGGAUUUUCUGCCCAGAGCCUGGAGUCUGAAAUUUCUUCAGAAGCCCACCCAGCCUCAAGUUUCCCCCAGCAGGUGGAGGGACCCCUAGCGGUCCUGGUGGGCACUACCAUCCAGCUUCCCCUGCCUUCCGCCCCUGAUCCCGGGCCCCCUGCCCCACUGGUGGUCUGGCGACGGGAUUCCACGGUGCUGGCAGCUGGAAGCCUGGGGCCAGGGGCCCGGCUGAUCAGCCUGGACCCUGCUAACCGACACCGCCUGCGAUUCGACCAGGCUGGCGGGGGUCUGGAAGUCUCCUCUGCCCAACUGGACGACGCAGGGGUCUACACAGUCGAGGUCAUCCGGGCCGGGGUCUCCCGGCAGAUUUGGGAGUUUACGGUGGGCGUGUAUGAGCCCCUGCCCCAGCUGUCAGUGCAGCCCCAGGCGCUGGAGACAGAGGAGGGGGCGGCCGAGCUCCGGCUGCGCUGCGUGGGGUGGAGGCCCUGGCAUGGGGAGCUGAGCUGGAGCCGGGACGGACGGACCCUGGAGGUGGUGGACCCCGAGGGAGCAGAGCAGCCCCGGAUCCGCGCGGAGGGCGACCAGCUGGUCAUCGGACGCCCCUUGCGCAGCGACCAUGCCCGGUACACUUGCCAUGUCCGCAGCCCCUUUGGCCACAGGGAGGCCGCGGCCAAUGUCAGCGUCUUCUACGGCCCGGACCCGCCGGCCAUCACGGUGUCCUCCGACCGCGACGCCUCCCCGGCCCUCUAUGUCACCGCGGGCAGCAACGUGACCCUGCGUUGCAGCGCCGCCUCGCGGCCGCCAGCCGGCAUCACCUGGAGCCUGGCCGACCCGGCCGAGGCCGCAGUGCCAGCCGGCCCGCGCCUCCUGCUGCCUGCGGUCGGGCCGGGCCACGCGGGUGCCUACGCCUGCCUCGCUGAGAACCCGCGCACCGGCCACCGCCGCCGCUCGCUGCUCAACCUCACUGUGGCAGGUCUGCCCCCCGGGUCCCCACAGUGCUCAGUCGAAGGAGGACCCGGGGACCGCAGCCUCCGCUUUCACUGCUCGUGGCCCGGCGGAGUCCCUGCCGCCUCCCUGCAGUUCCAGGGUCUCCCCGAAGGCGUCCCCGCCGGACCAGUGCCCUCUGAGCUCCUGGCAGCAGUCCCUGCCCACCCCCGUCUCAGCGGCGUCACUGUCACCUGCCUUGCUCGCCACCUGGUGGCCACGCGCACAUGCACUGUCACCCUGGAAGCCCCCCGAGAGGUACUGCUGCAUCCGAAGGUGGAAGAGACACGGUCAAGGGAGGCAGAGGUGGCGCUGGAGGCCUCUGGCUGUCCCCCACCCUCGCGAGCAUCCUGGGCCCGGGAAGGGCAGCCCCUGGCUCUGGGCGGCGGAGGCCGCCUGCGGCUCAGCCAAGAUGGACGGAGGCUCCUCAUUGGCAACUUCAGCCUGGAUAGGGACCUAGGAAAUUACUCCGUGCUGUGCAGUGGGGCGCUGGGUGCUGGCGGUGACCGGAUCAGGCUUAUUGGGCCUUCCAUCUCCUCAUGGAGGCUGCAGAGAGCCCACGAUGGGGCCGUGCUGACCUGGGAUGUGGAGCGCGGGGUGCUGAUCAGUGGCUUUGAGCUCCAGGCUCGGCCAGAAGGGCCUGACCUGGGAAAAGCCACCACCUACAAGGACUGGGUGUCCUUGCUCAUCCUGGGGCCUCAAGAGCGGUCCGCCGUGAUGCCUCUACCCUCUCGGAGCCCUGGGACCUGGGCCUUGCGCAUCCUGCCCACCCUAGGGGGCCAGCCAGGGACCCCUUCACAAAGUCAGGUCUACCAGGCCGGUUCCACCCUGGGCCCCGGGGCCGUCGCUGGCAUCGUCCUGGGCUCCCUACUGGGCCUGGCGCUCCUGGCGGCGCUUCUUGUCCUGUGUAUCUGCUGUCUGUGCCGCUUUCAGGGAAAGACUACUAGGAAGAAGCCCGCCACCUUGAUCCCUGUGGUCAUCCCACCAAAAAAGAAGACGCAGAGUGUGACCCCAGUGCAGACCCCACAGCUUCCGCCCCUCAAAAUCCCCCCGCAAGAUCCUAGACCAGCCAGGACGCACCAAGCCUCAGGCCCCAGUCCAGUCAUCUCUCCUCCUAGUUUCCCCAAGACUGUGCGGAUAGCCACACAUGUGUGA